CGCGCGCUCCCUGCCCGCCGAGCGGCCCGGGCACGCGCCCGGCAGGUGGGUCGUGGUGCCCACGGCGCUUCUGCCGCCCGCGGGACGCUGGACAGCGGGCUCCGCUGCCGGCCCGCGCCGCCGGGAAGGGCGUUCCGGGCCGUGGGGGAGCCGCCGAGGUCUGGAGACCCGUAAGGUCGCCUCGGUUGGCCAAAGGGGAGACUCCAGCGGGACCUGCCUCUCGGCGCACGGUGCCGCUUCCCCCUUUAGGAGGAAGGAUCCAGAAUGGAGCUCAGGAACUAGGAGUCUCGACUGGGUAGGCCCGGUUUUCUGCCACUCGGGAGGCCAGUUCAACCAGUCUGUCCCGGGGAGAGGCUGCCGGGACCGUGGGAGUUCGGGCUCUAACCGACAGGGGCGGCAGACGGGGCGCCCGCACCCGCCGCCCACGCGGGCCGGCCCCAUCCCGGGGCUGCAGGGGUGCAGUCAGGCGGCCCAGCACGGUCAAGAGCUGCUGGGGCUGGACGGUCAUGGGGGAGCCCAGUAGAGAGGAAUAUAAAAUCCAGUCUUUCGAUGCAGAGACCCAGCAGCUGCUGAAGACAGCACUCAAAGAUCCAGGUGCUGUGGACUUGGAGAAAGUGGCCAAUGUGAUUGUGGACCAUUCUCUGCAGGACUGUGUGUUCAGCAAGGAAGCAGGACGCAUGUGCUACGCCAUCAUUCAGGCAGAGAGUAAACAAGCAGGCCAGAGUGUCUUCCGGCGUGGACUCCUCAACCGGCUGCAGCAGGAGUACCAGGCUCGGGAGCAGCUGCGAGCACGCUCCCUGCAGGGCUGGGUCUGCUAUGUCACCUUUAUCUGCAACAUCUUUGACUACCUGAGGGUGAACAACAUGCCCAUGAUGGCCCUGGUGAAUCCUGUCUACGACUGCCUCUUCCGGCUGGCUCAGCCUGACAGUCUGAGCAAGGAGGAGGAGGUAGACUGCCUGGUGCUGCAGCUGCACCGCGUCGGGGAGCAGCUGGAGAAGAUGAAUGGGCAGCGCAUGGAUGAGCUCUUUGUCCUGAUCCGAGAUGGCUUCCUGCUCCCAACUGGCCUCAGCUCCCUGGCCCAGCUGCUGCUGCUGGAGAUCAUUGAGUUCCGGGCGGCUGGCUGGAAGACGACCCCGGCUGCCCACAAGUACUACUACAGCGAGGUCUCGGACUAGGCCUCCAGAUCAGGGUGUCCUCAUAGGCAGCAUCAGCCUUCUUUCUGUCCACCGCCCAAGCUGGCAGUGGAGUCUCUCUCCCAAAGACUUUUAACCCCUCAAGCCUUUCAGCAUCUUCCCUUCUAGACUUUCUCAUCUCCCAGUGAGAUGUUCCCCACUGAUGCUAUGGUCCUGCCCUGAGCCCCUUCCCCAAACUCAGAGGUUGGGGAAGAUGACAAACAGAUAUCUGGGCUCAAGGCUGUCCCCCUUCUGCACAGUCCUGUGUGCCUCCCUCCCCCACCACCUCCCAGGCAGGGAAGGGCAACUCCUAUCAAGGGCUGCACCAUGUAACCAUUGGUACAACAGCUACCUGGGUGCCUCAGUUUCCCCAUCCAUAAAAUGGGUAACUAUGGCUGUUGGUGAGAUGCUUUGGGUUGUGAAGGGGCAGAAGCAUAGUACAGGUCACACCAGAAACUGCUUUUUAUACAUUUUGUACAGGACCACUUUGGAAACAAGCGUAUGUCCUCCAGUUUUAAUAAACGGUAGUACCGUCAUCACACGCUAUGCCAGGUCAGCUUGAGCACUUUCUAAUAAAUCUUUUCUGAUACUAAAACUGCUUCCCUUUAUAUAAUCCAAAGGUCCACCUCAAGCCGAGGGAAAAGACUGGGCCCUGAGUUUUUUGGAGGAAAUCCUCAAAUUGG